AUGAGGCCGAUUCUAAUGAAAGGUCACGAGCGUCCCCUGACGUUUCUGAGGUACAAUCGAGAGGGAGAUCUGCUUUUCUCCUGCGCCAAGGACCAUAAUCCCACCGUUUGGUUCGCCGACAACGGCGACCGCCUCGGCACCUACCGUGGCCACAACGGAGCUGUUUGGUCCUGCGAUAUAUCCAGGGAUUCAUCGAGGCUUAUAACUGGAAGUGCAGAUCAGACUGCAAAGUUAUGGGAUGUUAGAACUGGAACACCGCUGUAUACAUUCAAUUUUGAAUCACCUGCUAGGUCUGUGGAGUUUGCUGUUGGUGACAAAUUAGCAGUUAUCACUACAGAUCCUUUUAUGGGGUUCACUUCUGCGAUUCACAUCAAAAGAAUUGCCACAGAUCCAGAAGACCAGACUGCUGAAUCAGUUCUUACACUGAAGGGGCCACAGGGAAGAAUCAACAGAGCAGUUUGGGGACCCCUAAACAGAACAAUCAUAAGUGCUGGUGAAGAUACAAUAAUUCGUAUCUGGGAUUCUGAGACUGGGAAAUUACUGAAAGAAUCCAACAAGGAGGAAGGCCACAAAAAACCUAUUACCUCACUUACAAAAUCUGCUGAUGGUUCACAUUUCCUCACUGGUUCCCUGGAUAAGUCCGCAAAGCUUUGGGAUACAAGAACGUUGAAACUUAUUAAGACAUACGGGACGGAACGUCCUGUGAAUGCUGUUGCAAUGUCUCCCCUUCUUGAUCAUGUAAAGUCGACCUGCUUCGCCAUUGAGGCUAUUUGUGCCCUCAACGCAAUCAUCGAGGCCGAUUUGGUGGUCGCCGCCACUCCAUUAAACAUCGUCUGCUCCACCGGCCAUUGGUAG